AUGCCAAUCAAUCGGAAGUAUAAACUGAACCUUCUUCUUGAGACCCUUAGGGAGGAACUAAUGUUCAAAAAUAACUACAAAGUUCUAUUUGAAUAUGUAAUGCUUGCGGGAAUUAAUAACAGCAUUGAGGAUGCUAACAGGUUAAUCAAUCUUGUGAAGGGUAUUCCCUGCAAAAUCAAUCUUAUUUCUUUUAAUCCUCAUUCUGGGUCUCAAUUUAGACUUAGCAGCGACGAGAAGAUGAUCGAGUUUAGAAAUGUUUUAGCCAAAGGUGGUUGCACUGUUUUUAUGCGAUUUAGUAGAGGUGAUGAUCAGAUGGCUGCGUGUGGGAAGCUAGGGAACCCUGGUUCAAUUCAAGCACCCUUGCUCCGUGUUCCAGAGCAAUUCCGGGUGGCUCUCAACACCGGUACAUGA